AAGCGUCCCCCGUCCGGCCCCCGGCUCGUCCUCCUCCUCCCGCGCCGGCUGCGGCUGAUCCGGCGCAGGAGCCGACAGGGCCGCGGGCUGAAGGUAAAAGCCCACGCCUUUAGGAAGAAACAUGAGGUUCUCUUGGAGACUAUUCAAAAGGAAGAUGGAGGGGGCCGCCUAAAAGAGAUUAAAAGCUGCAGACCGCAAGCCUGGGGCCAGAGGGCUGGCAGUGGAAAACCCUGCUGGGUUGUGACCUCUCCCUGAAAAGUUCUAGGUGCCUUUUUGCUUCUUGCAAAAAAAAGGAAGAGAAGGAGAAGACCAUGUCCAUAGCCUUGAAGCAAGUGUUCAACAAGGACAAGACCUUCCGGCCCAAGAGGAAGUUUGAACCUGGCACGCAGAGAUUUGAGCUCCACAAACGGGCUCAGGCAUCCCUCAACUCCGGCGUGGAUCUGAAGGCAGCUGUGCAGCUGCCCAGUGGGGAAGACCAGAACGACUGGGUGGCGGUGCAUGUGGUGGACUUCUUCAAUCGGAUCAACCUCAUCUAUGGCACCAUCUGCGAGUUCUGCACUGAGCAGACCUGCCCUGUGAUGUCAGGGGGCCCCAAAUAUGAAUAUCGGUGGCAGGAUGACCUCAAGUACAAGAAGCCAACUGCCCUCCCAGCUCCUCAGUACAUGAACCUUCUUAUGGAUUGGAUUGAGGUCCAGAUCAACAAUGAGGACAUAUUUCCAACCUGUGUGGGUGUUCCCUUCCCCAAGAAUUUCCUUCAGAUCUGCAAGAAGAUCCUGUGCCGCCUUUUCCGUGUCUUCGUUCAUGUCUACAUCCACCACUUCGACCGUGUCAUCGUGAUGGGUGCGGAGGCCCACGUCAACACCUGCUACAAACACUUCUACUACUUCGUCACGGAGAUGAACCUCAUCGACCGCAAGGAGCUGGAGCCGUUGAAAGAGAUGACGAGCAGAAUGUGUCACUAACGCCCCUGCCUUGCCUUCGGAAGACAGAGGAAAGCUCUUUCCUCUGGGAGUCCCGAGCAGGGAGUCGUCCCUGGCUUCAAUGGCACGCCUACUUCCAGGAGCAGGAGAGGUGAAGACGAGCCAUGAUUCCUGAGAGACGUUCCCCACUCACCCCGUGUGCUCUUAACCCUCUGAGUGCUGCUAGCCACGACCGGUGGACCUGUCCGACCACAGCGUGCAAGAAGGACUGCCCCUUGCCCCUUCUGGCUCUGCGUUGCCCCCAGAAAGCCUCUGCACUUAACAGGCACAUCACAGCUCUGCUGGGACCUGCCGCCUAAGCUUUACUGGAAUUCAGGUUUUGAGACUGAGACACUUACUUGUACUUUCCCACUCUGUCUUGUCAGCUGGCCGACUUUUCUGUAACGUGGUUUCUAAGUACCGGGGGAAUUUUGGAACUCUGGAUGAGCCGCGAGUUUUUCUAUAACAAACCUUCCUUUCAAAGCUCCGGCCCUGAUCUGAUUCGGUGGUUUAACUUUGCGCAGGGCCUGGAGCCAGGAGAGAUCUGAGACCCACCCCACAGCCUCAACACGGUUUCCCACUCCAUGACCCCAAUCAAACCUUAACGACAGGGGUGGGGGAGACAGGUCGCUAGCAGAAAGCUGACGCAUUACCAGUUAACUCUGAACAGAAUGUGCUUUUUACAACCACACCAUUCCUUGUCUUUUCUAGUCAAGGUAUUUCCUUCCUGUUUCCCAGAAGAGAGGAAGAAAAGGAAGUUGUAAAUGACCAGGAACGAUCCGCAGAAGCCCUAAGCCAGACAGAUCCGUGCAGCGUUUUUUCUUGACCAAAGGGGAGGGAGUUGUGGCUGUCUCCACAAAAUAUGAAAAUUUCAGUGAAAAAAAAAAAA